AUGAUGGGGAUCCUCCCGGCCACCACCGUCCUCGUGCUCGCGCGAACCCUAAGCCUGAAAAUAGCUUCGUCCUCCUUCGUCACCAGUCUGGUAGAAGCAUGGGAGGAGAACCCACUGCUCUUCGUCUCCCUUUCAUGGUGCUCCCUACUCCUCCUCCUCCUCCUCCUCCUCCUCCUCUUCCGGCGCUACUCCCGCCGCCACAGAGUCCUCCUGCUGGACUACGCCUGCUACAAGCCCCCGUUAGAGCGGCGGUGCACCUACGAGGUGUGCGAGUACGUCGUCCUCCGGAGGAGAAAGCUCUCCAUCGAGAGCCAGCAGUUCACCAGGGUGGUGUACUCCAAGUCGGGGCUCGGAGACGAGACCUACGCGCCGCCGCUGAUCUUCCGAGAAGAUUACGAGUCCCACUUCCCCUCCGCCUUCCAGGAAACAGAGGAGGGGAUGUUCUCCGCCGUGGAGUCUCUGCUCUCCAAGACGCAGGUCCUCCCUUCCCAAUUAGAUGUGCUCAUCGUGGCCUGCAGCAUGUUUUACCCCAACCCUUCUCUCUGCUCCAUGCUCGUCCACCGCUUCGGCUUCCAGCCCUCCAUUAAAACCUUCAGCUUCAGCGGCAUGGGCUGCAAUGCCGGGGGGAUCGCCAUCGACGCGGCGGCGCAGAUCCUCCGCCGCAAGCCGGGGUACGCCCUCAUCGUUACCACGGAGAGCACCGGCCUCAACUGGUACUUCGGCGACGAGCGAUCCAUGAUCGUGACAAACUGCAUCUUCCGAGUGGGCACCGCCGCGGUGCUCCUCACCAGCGACUCCGCGAAGGGUGGCGCCGCCAAGAUGGAGCUCCUCCGCACCCUCCGCACCCACCACGGCGCCGACGACGCCGCCUACAGCACCGCCGUCCAGAAAGAAGACGACUGCGGCAACGUGGGCGUGGCCCUCACCAAGGAUCUCGUCCGAGUCGACGGCGCCGCCCUCCGGCGCCACAUCACCACCCUCGCCCCCCCGGUCCUCCCCAUCUCGGACCUCCUCCGCUACCCCUGCGCCGCCGCCGUAUCCUUCAUCUUCAACCACAAGCCGCAGCAGCAGCCGCACGUCCCCGAUUUCAUGAGGGCAUUCGAGCACAUCUGCUUGCACCCGGGGGGAAGGGCGGUGGUCAACGCCGUGGGGAGGCUGAUGAAGCUGCCGGAGACGGUGGUGGAGCCGGCGAGGAUGACGCUGCACUGGUUUUGGAACACUUCCAGUAGCUCCAUUUUCUACGAGCUGGUCUACUUUGAGGCGAAGAAGCGGCUACGGAGGGGAGACCGGCUAUGGAUGCUCUCCUUCGGGACGGGCUUCAAGGCCUCGUUUGGAGGUGCCUCAAGGACAGCCCCUUUGACCCGGUCAACCCCUGGAACGACUGCGCCUUCCGCUACCCCGUCUGA